AUGGUCUCGGACCACGCGCCCGCCCCUUCGCUACCGGCAGACGGCAACGAUGGGGUUCGCACCACCACCAACACCGCCAGAGAGACCACCAAGAUGAUCGGCACGAUCAGGACGACGACGGUAUCAGCCUGGGGACUAUCGAUCGGAUACAAGCUGCGGUCCGACUGCUGGGGCAAAGGGUCGGCGCCGAGGAGGGAGGUGGUCGUCGUCCCCGACGUGCGGGCGUCGGCAGCAGCAGGUCAGAGGAGACAAGGAGAUGAUGGUGCACACGCCUCUGCUGGAGAUGUAAAUGCAAGGUUGCAGGCCAAACGGAAUGAGGCCAUCGCAGCUACUACUAGAGACGCAGAGAGUGACGUCGACGGCGGGGAUCAAGUCGAGAUCACGCACCUUAUUGCGCAGGUUGAUCUGGAGAACGUGGGCAGCAUGAGAGUCUGUGAAAAGUGCGGUGGGAGGCUCGUUGCCGUCGAAAAGGAGUGCAUCAAGGUGUGGCGGUUUGCCGAGAUGAGGGAUAUGGCUGUGUGGAGGUUUGAUAAACCUUCUGGCAGUUUGACGAGUCAAGCUUGA